ACUGCACAUACUCAAGCUAUCUCCAUCGAGCCCUAGCCGCCAUUAGAUUCUUCAGCAUAUUCUCGAAAUUGUUCACGGCUACAAUGGCGACGCAGAUGAAAGCUAUCGUCCCCUCCAACCCCGGCCCCGCCUCUGUGCUCUCACUGGUCGACCUUCCCAUCCCCGCCCUCGAAGGUCCCUACGACAUUCUCGUCAAGAUCCUCGGCGUGUCUCUCAACCCCGCCGACACGAAGGUCCGCAAGUCCAACACGCGCCCCAAUCGUGUGCUUGGAUGGGAUGCUGCCGGUGUGGUCGAGCAAGCGGGUGAGAAAGCACUUUUCAAGAAGGGCGACGAGGUGUUCUAUGCAGGCUCUAUUGGCCGGGCGGGCACGAACGCCCAGUAUGGCGUGGUUGACUCUAGGAUUGUCGGGAGGAAACCUAAAGGCUGGAGUUGGGCUGACGCUGCUGGUCUUCCCCUCGUCGCUUUGACUGCCUGGGAGAUGUUGGAAGACCAUUUUCACCUGAAGCCUUAUGCGGUCCCUGAAAAGGACGACACGAUAAUAAUUGUCAAUGGUGCUGGAGGCGUUGGCACGAUGGCGACGCAACUUGCUGCCAAGGUUUUCAACCUGAAGAACGUCAUCGCCACCGCGUCCCGCCCAGAGACGAUUGAAUGGGUGAAGAAGAAUGGCGCGACUCAUGUUAUCUCCCAUCGCGAGGAUCUUGCUACCCAACUCAAGGAACAGAACCUAACCCCAUCUCUUGCCUUUAUAUGUUACGACACCCCUCACUACCUUCCUCAGCUCGUCUCGGUCCUGCGGCCAUGGGGCCACAUCGGCUCCAUCGUCGAGACAGACGAUCCCCUUCCCUUCCACCAGAGUACCGGGGCUUUUGGCAAAGCCCUCUCCUUCCAUUGGGAGCUUAUGUUCACUAGGCCCCUGCAUGGCUACGACCUCGAGACGCAGGGACGCAUCCUGAACCAAGUAGCCAAGCUCGCGGAGGAGGGUAAGCUGACGAACAUAACGACUGUCCAGGAGGUCUUCAGUGUACAGAGCUUGAGGAAGGCGCAUGAGACGGUGGAGAAUGGGAAGGCGAUUGGGAAGAUAGUGUUUGAGGUGAAAGAUACCAUCGAGGAGAAUUAGAACGUAGAACGUCAAAAGAAGCUGGGAUGAUACCCCGCUUGAUACCGUUGUACUACUAGUGGCUUUGAAUGUUUGAGCUUGUUCUGCUUCCCCUG